AUGGCCAAGGAGUUGUCUAUGACCUCUCGCGUCGGAUCUGACAAUCAACGUUAUGGUCCCAAAGGCGAGAGGCUCGUGGCCGGAGUCGUCCCAUUGUCAGCGGACAAAACUCGGGUCCUCCUCAUUCAGUCUACCCAUCGCAACGGAUGGGUGCUUCCCAAAGGCGGAUGGGAACUGGACGAAGCAACAGCGUCGGCGGCUGCUUGUCGCGAGGCUUGGGAAGAAGCCGGCAUCAUCUGCCAGGUGGAGAAGGAUCUCGGACACAUUCCUGAUACAAGACCAACGACUGCUGUGACCAAGAACGCCCCCAAAGCGAGUUACCAUUUCUUCGAAGCUACGGUGACCGAAGAGAGGACUGAGUGGCCCGAGAAACACAAGAGAACUAGACAGUGGUACGCCUAUGCCCAAGCGGCCCAGCUUUUGAAUUCACGGCCGGAGUUGUUGGAGGCUUUGAGAAGGAGUUCGGUGAAAAAAUAA